AUGCCGUGCCUUAACCUCUCCACCAACGUUAGCCUCGACGGUGUCGAUACUUCUUCCAUUCUCUCCGAAGCUUCCUCCACCGUCGCCAAAAUCAUCGGCAAGCCUGAGAACUAUGUGAUGAUUGUGCUUAAAGGCUCAGUGCCUAUGGCAUUUGGUGGGACUGAGGAACCUGCAGCUUAUGGUGAAUUGGUCUCUAUCGGUGGCCUUAAUGCGGAUGUGAACAAGAAGCUAAGCGCUGCUGUUUCCGCUAUUCUCGAGACUAAGCUAUCAGUGCCCAAGUCUCGAUUCUUCCUCAAGUUUUAUGACACCAAGGCAAGCAAUUAUUCUCUCUUUGAAAACUUGUUUGAUGCAGUCUCAUAA